GGGAGCUUCACCGAGCUCACGAGAUGGCAGAAAUCGACCGUUCCCCAAAUCGAUCCAAUCCCUAGUUCCUCUAACGCAAGCCGCCGCCGGACGCACCCUCCUCCGCGGCUCCGCGGUACUGCUCCUCCGCCGCUCCACGGCUCCACGGCCACGUCCACGGCCGCACGGCCGCCUCCUCCUUCACGCAAAGCUUGCUCUAGAGCUUGUGCGUGAGCAGGACAUUGUGAAGAGGCCAAGUUGAGGCCGAGAGGAGCCAGCUGUGUUCUUGUGCUCUUUUUCGAGUGUGAGUUUAGCCACUCCUAUUGUGUUCUUGAUUUCGGCCAGUGUUUCUCUUGGAUCGGUUAACCAUCUCUCUCACAUGAAAAUAUGCCCUCUCAUCCUAGAUUACACCGGAGAUGGGUCGCAAGAGGAAGAGCACAGUGGGUGGAAAGACUCCACCGUCAAAGGGCCGGCCUUGCCGCAAGUCGGUGGCGGCGCCCAGUCCAGUUGUCGUAGAGGCGCCAGAGCCGGCGGCAGCGUCCAACACAAUGGUGCCACAUCAUCAGCCAAAAGGAGGACCAGGGCUACUCAACAAAGCCCGCAGUGCAGUCGCGGUAUCUGCGCAACAAGAAACAAAAGAAACUAGGAAAAAAAAUAGACCACAAACAGAGUGGACAUCAACUUAGAUGUGACAUAGUUAUAUCACAUCUAGAUGUGUCCUAGACAGACCCAACGGAAAAGGUGGUAAAGCUCGACUUCGAUGUUCCGAUGAGGGUGCUAAACUGCGACGUGUGCGAUGGCCUCCUCAAGGCUCCCAUCUUCCAGCGAAUGCCACGACGGCAAGUGCCGUCCUUGCACAGACUUGGCCGCCUCCGCCGUCUACUUCCAGAGCUCCUACCUGGACACCCUAUUCGGCUACAUCAAGGAGGCCUGCCCGUACAAAAAGUACAGCUGCACAAGCACUAUCGUCGUAGGUGACCUGGCGGCGGCGCACAGAGCCACAUGCGAGUUCGAGCCCUGUUGGUGCACGAGGUGCUCUUUCAAGGGCUCGCCGGCGGACCUCGUGAGCCACUUCACGCUCACGCACGCCUGGUCCGCCCACAAGUUCACAUACUGCCAUGACUACAUAUACAACACCGACGAGAUGGAUUCGUCGUUUGUGUACACCGACAAGAUGGAUUCGUGGAUGGUGCGCUAUGAACUCUUUCUCGGGGAGAGCGGUGGCGUGUUCCAAUUGGUCGUGGACCUUGCUCCGUUCUUCCAGGAGUUCCCUUUCCCCUUGGUGACCCUUGUGUGUGUCAGGAAUAGCGCUGCUGCUGCCGCUGGGCCGGUGUACACCUACUCGGUCACGGCGGAUGCCCCUCCUACUGAGAGGCGCAAGCUGAAGCCGGAAAUUAAGGAGGUGGCGAGCUGCCCGGACUGGAGGAUGGAGCGUGAUUGUUUCCCACUGCUUCCGGCGAUGCUGCGUGAGGAACAAACCAGCAAGAUUGUCCUUGUACGCAUCUGUGUUAGCAAGAGCGAGAGCAGCAGCGCGUCAUGCUCAAGUUAGAGGGGCAGCAGAAAUGCAGUUAUCUUUGCGUGAAGCCAAGAAGAACAUGGUGUAGUUUCGUAGUACUAUUCUUAAUUAAGCCGUUUCAAGUCAUUGAGAUGUGUCUUUUUGUAUUCUUGAUUGAUGGAAGACUUGAAUUUCCUCCUGUUCGGCUGCUCGAUGGAGGAUGGCUAAAAUGUGUAAGAGUGGCAGGUGUUGGCUUGUGUUCAGGACUUGAUGGAAAUUUGUUUUGGUUGAAUGCUAUUAGGAACGAUGCUUGUUUCCAUCAUAAACUGAUGAUUGAUGCAGACCCAGCGCACCUGAUGCUUUCAA